AUGACCAUCUCCGCAACCCCAACGCCCUCACUUUGGGCCAUCGCCUUCUCAAAUCUUUCUGAGAAAGACCGGCGGAUUUUCAAGCUCCCCGAUACGUCGCCUUUAGAUACCAAACAGAUCUUGACCGAAAUCCUGGUAGCGCUUGAGACACAGCGCGACCGAUGCAAAAGAGACAAAUGGACCACAGUCAGCAUCGGGGGCAAAGAGAUUGUCAUUCGCGACGUAUGUUCCAAAAUCGUCGCGUAUGUUAAGAAGUUCAUGGAGGUGGUAGAUGCAGCUGUCCAAAUUGACCCUGCUCAUGCUGCAUUACCCUGGGCGGGUGUGCGUUUCCUGCUGCAGUUGACAUUUAUGGCGUUCGAGACCUUUGGUGUCAUAGUGGAGGGCCUUGAAAAAGCAACUCGAUUGAUAGCCCGUUGCGGCAUACUCGAAGCCCUGGUCAUCCGGAAUAGUAGUGCAACGAACGAUGCGAAGGUGGGCUUGGAAGAGGAACUGGUGAAGCUGUAUUCGGCGGUCUUGAGUUUCAUUUGUAAGGCUAAAAAGCACUAUGAUGGAUCGCGCAUGAGUAGGCGGAAUCUUCCUAUGAAGCCAACCCAGCUUUUGUCUGUUGACGAUGAACAUAUAGAACGUGUUCUAAGCCUUACCUCUCGGCAGUCUCUCCAAGACUCGGUCAAAGAAAUGGAGGUUGCAGAGCAGCGGGUAUUUGUGAUGAAGGGUCUAGUUGAUAGUGAACGGAUGGAAAACGUUCAUGGUGGGGUUUCGACAAUGCUCUUUACCAUCGCUUCAGUCGUGAACGGUGUCGACAAUAUACAGGCACGACUGGACAAGGCCUUUGCAGAUCUUGAUCAACCUAUUGUUAGGAUCGCGGAUGAGGUAUCUGAUCUGCAUGUUGCUCUCAAAGAAAGCGAGAGAAGUGAACUUUUACAGUGGCUUUCUACUGUUACCAUACAACAACAUUAUAAAGAAGCAUUGGCUUCUGUACUUUCUGGAUCUGAUGCAUUAGACGAGUGCAACUCUCAACAGCGUGGCAUUAUUAUUCACGCUCUUGAAGAAAUCCGACGCCAGUGUCGAGAUGUUGUCAAGAUCUUCGUGUCCAGUCGCCAUGAAGCAGACAUUGCAGCUCACUUUAAUAGAGGAGAAGUCUCAGAGGUGACUGCUUCCGCAAAUGAAAAAGAUCUGAACCGGUUUAUUGGGAUCCAGGUCGAGUCCUUUGUGCAGAGAUGGUUCCUCUGGGUGACGCUCCAGCUCGAACGUAUCUGCGAUAUGGAACGAAUCAAAGAUAUCGACAGUAUCCGCCAAGUAUUGACGUCUCUACCGCAAACAUUGAAUCAAUCAUACGAACUCCUCUAUAAACGGAUCCAAGACAUGGGUGAAGGCCCGAGGACGGUCGCCUUACAAAGCCUUCAGUGGCUAUUAUGCGCGAAAAGGAAGCUCUCAGUCUCUGAAUUCCUUGCGGCUGUCAGGAAAUCCCCGGUGAAAUGCAAUUCUAUAUCAGCGAGGUCAAUCAUUGACUACUGCUGCAAUUUGGUUGUCAUUGACAACGUGGCAGACACAUUCCGCUUAGCGCACGUCACGGUCCGAGAGUUCCUGGAAGAAAAUUCCAACGACGCCGUUCUUGAGGCUAAUUUGACUGUAUCUCGGAGAUGUUUAGGUACUUUUCUUUGGGGCGAGUUCAGCGAAGAUGGUCUUCUACACUAUGCAACGAGAUACUGGCCCGCUCACGUACAGCAGCUAAAUGGAUCGCACCAAAGACAUGAAAUUCAGGCAAUAAUGACCGAAUUUUUCACUCAAGAAGAGCACUUCGAAGACUGGAUAGAACAUCUCGACGAACGUCCAGUGGAAGAAGGCUAUCGUUGGAGUAACUCGCUUGAGAGAAAGCUCGAAGCAUGUUUUGCUUCACCGCCAUCGGCCUUGUUCACAGUUUCCUGUUUUGGCCUUUCCGAAGUGCUAGAUUUUCCAGAGGUCAUUGAGAUGAUCGAUGUGAAUCAAACCAAUAGGCAUGGGACUUCAGGCGUGUAUCUCGCUGCUCGCUGGGGCCACACUGGAGUAGUCCGGAAAUUACUUCAACUGGGAGCUGAUGUCAACGGACCCGGGUAUCAAUAUGGAAGUCCACUCCAAGCAGCGGCAUUUAGUGGCCAUGAAGAUAUCGUGCGAAUCUUGCUGGAUAGUGGUGCCACUUUUUCUCCGACUGAGAAGGGUGAAUACUCAAGUCCACUCCACGCAGCUCUAGCAAAUGGCCAUGAUAACAUCGCCGAGGUCUUGAUUGACAGUGGGCUUCAGCUAGUCACACAAAAGCAGUUCGCCGAUGCGUUAGAUACUGCCAGCUUCAAAGGAUUUACUAACAUAGUCCAGCAACUUUUAGACGGCAAGGCUGGCAGUUUCACACCUAAUAUCUGCCCUGACCCUCUCCAGGUUGCUCUAUUCGGUGGCAAAGCACGUCAAGCGAAGCAGUUGCUUCAGAGCUGCACUGACAUCAAUGAAGAGAAAGGGUACUUCGGAAAUGCUCUUGCUGCCGCCAUUGCUAGUCGUAAACUUGCCCUCGUGCAGUUGGUUGUUGAUGCCGGUGCCAGACUCGACGCUCGCGGACGUUUUGGCUUGCCAUUGCGGGCGGCUGCGAUAACUAUUCAGCUUGAUAUCGCGACAUAUUUCCUCGAUAAAGGCGCCGAUCCUAAUAAAAGAGAUGAAGAUUUAGGUGACCCACUUCAAGCCGCUGCGUCUUUUGGAAAGUUGGACAUGAUGCUUCUGCUGCUUUCCCACGAUGCGUCUGUGGACGGUUGUGGAGGGCACUUCGGUACUGCACUACAAGCUGCCUGCUUCAAUGGUCAUGAACAGGCCGCUCGACUUUUGAUUGAUCAUGGUGCUUCGUUAGACCGCAAAGGCCGGUAUCGCGAUGCACUACAAGCUGCCGUAUACAGUGGCAAUGAAAGGAUUGUUGAGAUUCUUCUGAUGGCUGGUGCUAAGCUCAACCCAGGACGAGAGAGUAGGGUAUAUUUAUGCAGCUGCUCUGAGAGGACGCAGAGACUUGCGUUACCGGGCCGGAGAGACGGAACUGGACAGCUAGACAUUCCUACAGAGCUCGGACCGCUAGAGAUUGCUGCAAGACGAGGCGACGUCAAAUUAGUUGAGAAGCUCAUAGCCAAGGGAGCGAUCAUCGACGCGCCCGACGCGAAUGAAGAAGGUAAUGAUUAUCAAAAUGGGUGUGCGUACACUGCACUGCAAAUUGCGGCUUUCUGGGGACAUCUCGGGGUGGUGCAGUGUCUUUUGGAUCGUGGAGCCGAUAUUGAUGCGAUACGACAGACACUAGGGACUCCAUUGCAGGCGGCCUUGGAAGGGGGUCAUUUCGAUGUUGCAGACGUGCUGUUGUCCCGGGGUGCGGGAAUUGAUAAGCAUUGGGCUAUGUUUGGGUCCUGCUUACAGAUAUUUUCCGAGCGGGGAGAUAUUAAGACAGUCGAGUUUCUAUUGCAGCGCGGAGCAAACGUGGAAGAUCGUGGAGGUGAAAACGGCAAUGCACUUCAGGUGGCUUGCAAUGCAGGACACAUUGACAUUGUGAAGUUGUUACUUGACACUGGAGCCGAUGUGAGGUCGCCAGGACGGAAUAUCGGGAACGCGCUGCAAGCUGCAUCGUUGGCCGGACAUUUCGACAUAGUGAAGCUGCUUGUUCAUCGUGGUAUAGAAGUGGAUGAAGCUGAUGGGAAUUCUGAGACGGCGCUUUGCCUGGCAGCGAAGAAUGGCGACGAGCACAUGAUGAACUUUUUGCUCCAACAAGGAGCUAAAGUUGAUGGCAAUUCCAUUCUCUCCGGUGACAGACCCGACAACUUGGAGUCAGGUGGCGAAGUUGAACGAGACGAAAAUCUGGUAGCGAUACCAUUGCACCUUGCCUCCGUUCAUGGACAUGAAUCUGGAGUCUCUAUUCUUCUCCAGAAUGGAGCAAAUGUCCAUGUCAAAGGAAAGCUGCGUCUGAAAGAGACGGGCUCAUCUGAUGAAUGCGACUUCAGCAAGCUACUUUGCAAUCCGUUGUUCGCGGCAUGCUUUUGGGGCCAUGAGUCUAUUGCGAGACGAUUGUUUCAAUACGACCCGUGGGGAUAUGCAAUACAUGGCACCUUUACAUCUGCUGUAGAGACGAGCCUCGCCCGCAAGAAGGGAUCCAUUGCAACAAUGCUGGUUCAAGAAGCAGUUCGCGCAGGAUUCCAAGCGGAACAACUUGAUGGUAUGUUCAAUUAUGCCUGUGCAGAAGGAUAUGCAGGAAUUGCGACACAGAUACUAGAGCUUUGUGGUCUAGAACGUUGGCCAGAUGCAAUAUUGGUAGCUACGAAGCAGGGCAGAAGUGCCGUUGUCGAAGCUUUACUUCAGAAUGGGGCUGACAUGAACGCCCGUGAUGCGCAUGGCAAUCUCUGUCUGGACAUUGCAAUUGAAAAGGUCCAAAAUUUUCGCCAUACCUGGUGGAGUUCCAACUCGCCAAAUUGGAUUGAAGUGGUCAGGAUAUUUCUUUGUGCGGGGGCAGAGUCAAAUGAUCUACCAAGCAAGAUCAAAGAAAUUGUCCCGGACAUUGUACAGAGAGGAAGCCUUGAUGCUUGGAAGGCAGUGGACCGGAGUCAAUACGAUGUGGCGAACCACGUUGAACUGUAUCCGAGGCUUUUAUUUUGGGCAUCGGAGACGGGCGACCUCGAUAAGAUUGAUUACGUGGCUGGAAAGUAUGAGCCAUCAACUGGAGACAUCAAACGCGCCGUCGUGGCUGCAAUGGAGGGUGUGCGGAACAACUUACCUCCUGUUGAGGCACUACUAAGACUCAAGACACCACUCUUCUUCAAUGACAAGCAGAAUGGGGAGAAUGAUAAAGAACCCUUAGUCCUCGCUUCCAGCGAAGGAUAUAGCGGAAUACUCUCAGUCCUGCUCCAGUACGCGAAACACAGCUCAUCAAUCGUUGAAGAAGCGUUGAAAACAGCCAUCAGCCGCAAACAUGUCACUUGCACACGCUUGAUUCUGGACUCGCAAUUUAUUAAUCCCUCUGAGCGGCUGGUGAUAUGCUCUCGUCUCAUUCAAUACUGUUUUCCCUUCUGUUCGGGAAAGAUGCUCGAAUAUCUGUUAGACCAAGAGGUAUCCCCGAAUACCAGGGAUCCCGAGACUGGCGAAACCCUAUUGUACAUCGCUGCUACAAAGAAGGACAGCAAAGGUGCCAAUAUCCUUAUCUCCCACGGUGCUGAUGUUCAUCUGAUUGGAGGUCGACACGGAACUGCGCUGCAUGCAGCAGCCGUUUCUGGCUCCUGGAAAACGGUGGAAUCGUUGCUUUCAGCGGGUGCAGAUAUUAAUGCGCGGGGUGGAGAUUACGGAACCCCGCUUGUAGCGGUGAUGGCACAGAAGUGGAGGGAAACUUGCUGGAAGGCUGAGUUCGAUAUGUCUUGCAGCUGGGAAUGUCAUCGCUGCGUUGCGAGAGUGUUGCUGGAGUGGGAUGCAGAUGUUGAUGCGGAGGGAGAGUUUGGCACGGCUCUACAGGCUGCGGAGAAGGUUGGUAAUGAGGUCGGGAUGAAGAUGCUCACGGAGGAGAAUGAGGUGCUCGUGGAGGGUGGUGAAGGGAAUGAUAGUGACUUCGAGGAUUCGGAUUGA